AUGGCAUCGGAUCUCGCUGCAAAAUUCGCUGAAAGUGAAAUCACUCCAAAUGUUAUACCAAACCCUCCGGCGCAAAUGCUUAACUGUAAUUGGGACGGUAUCCAAGUGCAACCAGGACAAACCAUGUCCACUCGCAAUCUACGAUUUGCACCUCGUGUGACACUCAAAGUCGAUCCUGAGUCCACGUUCACACUGAUCAUGAUUGCCGAUUGCAUAAUAAUCACACUUUCAGAUCCCGAUAAUCUUUCACGUAAAAAUCCAUCAGUUGCCGAAUGGCUGCAUUGGUUGGUGAGUGGUUGCGUUCUAUUAUUGUUCUUGAUUCACAUGUGGUUGUUUUUAAAAGCGAACACGACUCGAUGA